GAUUAUGAUAGGAGAGUCAAAGCAGGAAGUCAACGGAAGGAGCGAGUUUUAUUUAAAAAAAACAAAAAAGAAGACCUAAAAAGGACAAUGUUUAUGUGACAGAAAGGAGGAAAGGAAGAGAUUCAAGAGAAGAAAGGAAAGCGAAAGUGUGUCACGUUUUGUUGAUGCUGUUGCUGUGAAUGAAUCUGCGAUACGAUACGCACACACAUCAUCAUCAUCGCCACAUGCAUAUUAUGCGUAUAUACGCGUAGAUCUGAUAAAGAAAGUAGAAAGAACAGACAGAAGAAGAAGAAGAAGAACGAGGCCAUGUCGGGAUUCAGAGACGCUCGCUGUUUUCCGCGUCCAAUCCUCGCUGUGAAUCUCGCCCUCGCUCUUCUCCACGUUGUCGUUGCGUUCCUCGCGUUCUUUCAGUUGCUGAGAAUUCACAUGAGGAAUGCGCAGCUUGGUUGGACUCGUCAAAAAGUGUUCCAUGUAUUGAUUGGCUCUUCUAAUUUGGGUUACGUCAUUUAUUUGGCAUUGACACUUGUUGCUGCCUGCAAGGGAUGGACCUGUUGGUCGCAUUCUUGUGGUUUUGUAUUUAUGGCUUUCCCCAAAGUACUUUUUUUUGCAGCAUUUCUUCUUCUUUUAUCCUUCUGGGUUGACCUUUGCCAUCAGGCAGAUGAUGAUGAUGACUAUGAAGGAAGUUUUUGUGAUAACCCUUUGCUGGAAAAGACUUCAAAUGAAUCAAAUUUAGCAAGCAUAGAUAGCCAUAGAAAGUGUUUUCCUUUUUGGUUUGCUCGUGUUGGAAAUCGGCAAAAGAUUGUGAUUUUGGUUACUUUGCUAGUUUUCAUCAUCGUGGUUGCUUUUGCUGUAGUAAUCUGGAUUGGGUUAGGAAAGAAUCCCAUUGAUUCUGAAGUGGCAGCUCGGAUAUAUUUAUAUCUUUCUGCUAUUGGAAUGCUUUUGUUGGGAGGAGCAUUAGCAUGUUAUGGAAUUCUAUUAUGCUUGAAAAUGAGCAGAGUGAGAGCCGAGAAACCUUCAUCUGAAAUGUGGAAGGUUGCAGGUUUAACUAUUGUCUCUGUACUAUGCUUCACAUCAAGUUCCUGUGUAGAACUUUUAACCGAUAUCCCUAUGCAGUAUAACUGGCAUCUGCGGCGUCUGAAUGAUGUUUACUCCUCGCUUUUACUCAUUUUGUAUUAUUUUGUGGGUUCAUCAAUACCUUCAGCAUUGGUACUGUGGGUAAUGAGAGAAUUACCACCUGAAGAAGCUGCUAGCAUAUCUGAAGAAUCAAGUACAAUAGCUUUUGUUGCUGAUAGUUCAAUUGCAAUCCAUCAUCCUCAACGCUGGACUACAGCAACAAGCAUGCAGAAUCAGGCAGCACUUUAAGAUUCACAUUCAUAUUGUUCCUACAAGUGUCAUCGUACAAGACAUCAAGAGCGAGUCCUAUAUGAUUAUGCGUUAACAUUUGCAAAUAUAUCUUGUUCUGCUGGAGUUUGGACGGCUUAAUGAAAUUUUCUCAGAAUGUUUAAACCCUAGAGUGCAGAUGGGAGAAAAUGAUGAUGAUGAUGGAUGCAAGUGCUUAUGGGCCUUGAGGUUUCCCUUCCAACUGUAUUUACAAUCUAAAUCUAAAUGUAUAUAGCAGCAAUUUGAUAUAUGAAAAAUUCUUUUCUUUCCAUACAAAUUUUGGUACACUACUGUUUCAAUGCUGGUUGAGUAUUUUUCUGAGUUUGAAUAAUUCCCUUCUGAUGUGAAUAUGACUGUUGCCAAGUGAGCAUGUUCUUCUAGCCUGCUUGCAAGCUGAA